AUGACUGUGAACCUGGACCAGGUGCUGUUCGCACGCGCCGAAUGGCGCAUUCGCUUCCUCGUACCAUGUUGGAUAAUGCAGGUUGGGGUUCUUCUCAGCCUGGUUGGACUAUUUGCCUACCGACUCUCCGUAACCUGUCACACCUACGACGACGAGAUUUCUCAUGGCCGGGAUCCUAUAGUUCAAAUAGUUUGGGAAUCCAUCCAAGUUGGUUUCUCCUUCAUCUCUGUAGCUCUCACGGUAGCGGAACUAUGGAAGGCGAGGUCUGAGGCGCUGACGCCCUUUUUCAUGCUAUGCACACAUCUCAUGAAAUCCACACUGGCCAGCGGAAUGCUGGGCUUAGAUGCUGCCGUCUAUGUGAGAUAUCCGGACCGCCACUACUCCAUAGUUGGCUUGGCUAUGGAUUGCAUCCUUCUUGGCACAACACUUAUAGUGCUCUUCUACGCUUUUUACACAUAUCGUCGCCUCUUAAAGUUCGAAGCCUACGACCUGGCCUACAACAAAUCAGGAGGCUAUAGCUACAGCAACGCCCGUGGGCCGGAAAAACUAGGCUAUACCGUCAAAAUAUGGGGCGGAAAGAAGAACAACACGAGGGAGCCGUCGCCAACACCCGAGGCGUUGAAAUCCAAAAUAGACCAGGCAAUCGGCGCCGAGUUCGGCUGGGGAAGCCGUCCGUCGGGCAGCGUUACGGAGCGUUCCGGCAUAGUUGUUGCGGCCGGAUCGGUUCAGAGCGGCGUGCCCACCCGACCGGCAGAGUUGCACAGGGCCCAAAGCUGGGUCACCGAGACUGGAGCGGUGGGCCCGAAUACGUCCGAAGAUCAUCACAUUGACGCGAACGAACAAAGGAAAACCGAGGACGAUUACCAUGAUUAUUAUGAACUGGCCAAUGCGCGCAGUCUAAGCAUUCCGACACUGGUGGUGACUCCCGAGGGCGAAGAGGGAGAUAGUGAAGCGUUGCUGACGGGACGGUGGGGAAACGCUGGGGGAAGUAGAUAA